UGGCACAAUCCCACUCUGAGACCCACGAAUUCCAGUAUAACCACUAAACCCACAAUUGAGAUUUUCAUACUUCUUUUCCUCUAUAUAUACCGAUGCAUAUCUUCAUCGUUUACAUCGAUACAAGAGGGUUUUCACAUCGUAUCUGCUAGGAAUCAAUUGCAAGUUACUGGAUUGUAUAUGAGCCAUUGAUGGAACACAAAUACCAGCAAUGGUUGGUCUCGACGAACAAGUCCCUUUUUGGUGCAGAAAAGGGUUCAUUUCGCAAAAUGUUUUAGUAGCUUGUUCCUUUGACUUACAGUUUCAGUAUGUUCUAGCUGGUUGGGAAGGCUCGGCUGCUGAUUCACGCAUACUAGAUUCAGCUCUAACAAGAUGCGAUAGAUUAAUUGUUCCCGAAGGUAAAUUUUAUCUCGCUGAUGCAGGAUUCGCCAAUAUGCCGCAGUUUAUUACUCCAUAUCGUGGUGUCCGUUAUCACUUGAAGGAAUUUGGUGGAAAUCGUCCAAAAUAUGCAAAGGAAUUAUUCAAUCUCCGACAUGCAUCGUUACGGAAUGCAAUUGAACGUGCAAUCGGUAUACUUAAAAGACGCUUCACUAUUUUGCAACUGCAGCCUCAAUAUCCAUUCGAAUCACAAGUGAAAAUUGUACUUGCAUGUUGCAUCCUUCAUAACCACAUCCGCAGAGAGUGCAUUAAUGACUUGAUUUUCGAUGAUGAGAACUUACAAAACCUACUAGAAACCGAUCCAAGAAUGCAACAAGACAGUGAAUGCCCUACACUUGGGAGAAAUAGACAACGAGAAGUAGCUUCAGAACUUCGAACUUCAAUCGCAGAUACAAUGUGGAAUGAUUAUCAGCGUCGCCUUCGCGGCUAAUGUUUGCAUACUGUUGAGUUAGACUUCGAUAUUGUUAUUUGCAUAUUGUUGUUUAAAUUGGAUGAGUUAGACUUGGAUACUGUUAUUUGCAUAUUGUUGUUUAAAUUGGAUGAGUUAGACUUGGAUACUGUUAUUUGCAUAUUGUUGUUUAAAUUGGAUGAGUUAGACUUGGA